UGAGGUCCAAUGAACUACUUAAUCUUUGUAUUGAACAUCUGUAACAAGAUCUGCUACCCAGCAGUUUAACUGCUGACCUAAACUACCAGCGAUCGCACCUCCGUCCAUCUCGAAAGUUGGCACACUUUUGAUACAUUGAACCGGUAUGCGAAACUAGAAUCGUAACAGAAUAACUCUGUCUAGACUUCAGACAGACUAAUGAAGUUAAAAAAUAAUCUAUAAACGACGCUAUCUAUUGAUACCAGCAAUGGUUUUUCAGCCACUGUAUUCGUUUUCACACUGGUCGCAAACACGAGGCAAAUACUGCUCGAUAAGUUGAGAAAACAACCACACAUGAGAAAACAACUGAAGCGAACGAUAGCUGACCAAAGUCUACCAGUACCACUGCUUCCGUCGGUCGCAUCUAAUCUAACGCAAGGGGAACUUCUUGCCACCGAAAACUGCGCGGCUUACAUUUUAGCACGAGAGCCACCCACUAUCGGUCUGCUUCCCGAUGGGGUAAAAAGCACAGUCGAACGGCGGGACACUGCCCAUCUUUGUAAAAACAAGCAAAAUAACACCCCUUUUAAAGCGUCCGAAGCACGAUGGACAGCAUACAGUCGGCGUAGUUUGUUUGGAUCGAAAUGUGCAGAAUCAAACGUUUACUGGCUACAGUGCUCUUCCUCGUGGGGACUGUCCCCAGUGAGCAGACGCAUUUGGAGUGUGAUCGGAAGCCGCCCAGGCCAAGCCACAACUGUCCCCAGCAGGAUACGUCUCUGGAGGUGGUGUUCCGACAUGAGGAGUACGUGGACCGAUACUACCGAUGCCUGUCCGGAGUGGCCUACGAGUUCCAGUGCCCGUUUGGUAUUGCCUUCGAUCCGGUGCAAGGACGCUGUCGGUACGCAACCGAGGGGGAAAUUAGAUCGUGGCAAGCAAAACAACUGAUGCCUUGCGAAAAAUGUAAGGAUGGUGUCGAGUUUGUCGAAAUUGGAACUUUCCUGCCGCAGUACUUGCAGUGCGUUCGUGAAGGACUUGCCGAGUUGAAGACCUGUCCGGUAGGUCAGAGUAAAACGAGAUCAGUCCAGCUCUUGUGGAUGACGGACCACUGUGAAGGGUUUUUGACGUCGCGAGGUCAGCGAGUUGACGAUUUCCCGGGAUUCAAAGGUAAUGUAGAUGAAUUGUCGAAUAGAGAAUUUGUUUGUAAUAUUCCAUAUCUUCAUAUAGAUGAUCAUUCGAGGUGUGAUGGUGGUGAUCACCACCAUCAUCAUGAGUUAUGUUCAUGUGACGUAUGCACUAAGACUUCAACUAAAGCUCCUUGUUCAACGACUACAACUACAAAAGCUCCCUGCAGUACAACUACCACUACAAGCACACCUCCUCCUCCAUCAACCACUACUACUACACCUGAUACAACUACCACGCCGACAACUACUCCUACCACUACACCCACAUCGACUACGACGCCAUAUGUUACGAGUCAUUACAUAGUUGCCCCAGAUCCUGAAGAAUAUUACGACGAUCCGUUGGUUGGAGCGGAAAAUCCUUUCGAUUAUGUAGAAACAUUAGGAAGACACAAAACAACUACCACACAAAAACCAACAACAACUACAACUAAAAAGCCAACCACCACUACGACCAAGAAGCCAACCACAACCACCACUAAGAAACCAACUACUACGACCACUAAAAAGCCAACUACCACGACAACCAAGAAACCAACGACUACGACGACCAAGAAUCCAACUACUACUACGACUAAGAAGCCGACUACGACUACAACUAAAAAACCAACUACUACGACGACUAAAAAGCCAACUACUACGACGACGAAAAAGCCAACUACUACGACGACUAAAAAACCAACAACUACAACGACAAAACCAACGACAACGACUACAAAACCAACAACAACUACGACUAAAAAACACACCACUACUACAACUCCUCCAACCACAACAACUACUCCACCAACUACGACAACUACACCUCCGACUACGACAACUACACCUCCAACUACGACAACUACUCCACCAACUACGACAACUACACCUCCAACUACGACAACUACUCCACCAACUACGACAACUACACAAACCACAACUACAACGACAGAAAGCACUACUACUACUCCGCCAACCACUACUACCAGAAAACCCACUACUACUACUAAAAAACACACCACUACUACAACGCCUCCAACCACGACAACUACUCCACCAACUACGACAACUACUCCACCAACCACGACAACUACUCCACCAACCACGACAACUACACCUCCAACUACGACAACUACUCCACCAACUACGACAACUACAGAAACCACAACUACAACUACCGAAAGCACUACUACGACACCACCAACCACUACUACCAGAAAACCCACUACUACUACUAAAAAACACACCACUACUACAACUCCACCAACUACGACAACUACACCUCCAACUACGACAACUACACCUCCAACCACGACAACUACACCUCCAACAACGACAACUACACCUCCAACCACGACAACUACACCCCCAACCACGACAACUACACCUCCAACAACGACAACUACACCUCCAACCACGACAACUACACCUCCAACCACGACAACUACACCUCCAACUACGACAACUACACCUCCAACUACGACAACUACACCUCCAACUACGACAACUACUCCACCAACCACGACAACCACACCUCCAACUACUACAACUACCGAAAGCACUACUACGACCCCGCCAACCACUACUACCACAAAACCCACCACUACAACCAAAAAACACCAUACCACAACUACAAAACCAACAACCACAACAGAAGACCUAACAACAUGUCUGUGUGUGAAGGUUACUACAACGACUGAGGCCACGACAACUACUGAAGAAACUACUACGACCGAAGAGACUACUACGACCGAAGAAACUACGACGACCGAAGAGACUACUACGACGGAGGAAACGACAACUACUGAAGAAACAACGACCACUGAGGAAACUACCACAACGGAGGAAACCACCACGACAGAGGAAACUACCACAACGGAGGAAACCACCACGACAGAGGAAACCACUACCACUGAAGAAACAACGACCACUGAAGAAACCACUACAACAGAAGAAACUACCACCACAGAGGAAACCACUACCACUGAAGAAACCACAACGACCGAAGAAACUACGACAACUGAAGAAACUACGACUACUGAAGAAACUACAACGACUGAAGAGACAACGACGACCGAAGAAACUACUACGACUGAAGAAACUACUACGACUGAAGAAACCACCACGACAGAAGAAACUACAACUACCGAGGAAACCACUACGACAGAGGAAACCACAACGACUGAAGAGACCACAACAACUGAGGAAACCACGACAACUGAAGAAACUACGACCACUGAAGAAACUACGACGACAGAAGAAACUACGACAACUGAAGAAACUACCACGACAGAAGAAACUACCACUACAGAGGAAACUACAACGACUGAAGAAACUACAACAACUGAGGAAACUACAACGACUGAAGAGACAACGACAACCGAAGAAACUACAACAACUGAGGAAACCACGACAACUGAAGCAACUACCACCACUACCGAAGAAACCACAACGACCGAAGAAACUACUACAACUGAAGAAACCACAACGACCGAAGAAACCACAACAACUGAGAAAACCACUACAACCGAAGCAACUACAACGACCGAGGUCACAACGACGACGGAAGGAACCACAACCACCCCGGAAGAGGAAACCACUUGUAUAUGUGUGAAGGUUAGUACCACAUUCGCUCAUGGCUAA